UUGACAGGAGCGAGGGCGGCAGCCGAGGACGCGGAGGACCGCUGGGUGCCUGCAGGGGAGCUGCUCAGCCAGGCCCGGGAGCGGUGGGGAGAGACUGCGGAGCCGCCCCCUCCACGCGCCGCGCUCACCCACGGGGCUCUCCCGGCUGCAGUGCCAGGGCGCAGGGCGCGGCCGACCUUCCGCCCCCGCCACCCCCACCGCCCCCGCCACCCACCAUGCUGCUCCCCCAGCUGUGCUGGCUGCCGCUGCUCGCCGGGCUGCUCCCGCCAGCGCCCGCGCAGAAGUUCUCGGCGCUCACGUUUUUGAGAGUUGAUCAAGACAAAGACAAGGAUUGCAGCUUGGACUGUGCGGGCUCGCCCCAGAAACCUCUCUGCGCAUCUGAUGGCAGGACCUUCCUUUCCCGUUGUGAAUUUCAACGUGCCAAGUGCAAAGACCCCCAACUAGAGAUUGCAUAUCGAGGAAACUGCAGAGAUGUGUCCAGGUGUGUGGCCGAAAGGAAGUACACCCAGGAGCAAGCCCGGAAGGAGUUUCAGCAAGUGUUCAUUCCAGAGUGCAAUGGCGACGGCACCUACAGCCAGGUCCAGUGUCACAGCUACACAGGAUACUGCUGGUGCGUCACGCCCAACGGAAGACCCAUCAGCGGCACCGCCGUGGCCCACAAGACGCCCCGGUGCCCAGGUUCCACAAAUGAAAAGUUACCCCAACGUGAAGGCACAGGAAAAACAGUCUCCUUGCAAAUCUUUUCCGUUCUGAAUUCAGAUGAUGCCGCAGCUCCGGCGUUGGAGACUCAGCCUCAAGGAGAUGAAGAAGAUAUUGCAUCACGUUACCCUACCCUUUGGACUGAGCAGGUUAAAAGUCGGCAGAACAAAACCAAUAAGAAUUCAGCGUCGUCCUGUGACCAGGAGCACCAGUCGGCCCUGGAGGAGGCCAAGCAGCCCAAGAACGACAACGUGGUGAUCCCGGAGUGCGCGCACGGCGGCCUCUACAAGCCGGUGCAGUGCCACCCCUCCACAGGUUACUGCUGGUGCGUCCUGGUGGACACCGGCCGCCCCAUCCCCGGCACGUCCACGAGGUAUGAGCAGCCAAAAUGUGACAACACGGCCAGGGCCCACCCAGCCAAAGCCCGGGACCUGUACAGAGGCCGCCAGCUGCAAGGUUGCCCUGGUGCCAAAAAGCAUGAGUUUCUGACGAGCGUUCUGGACGCGCUCUCCACGGAUAUGGUCCACGCCGUCUCUGACCCCUCCUCCUCGUCAGCCAGGCUCUCGGAACCCGACCCCAGCCACACCCUGGAGGAGCGGGUGGUGCGCUGGUACUUCAAACUGCUCGACAAAAACUCCAGCGGGGACAUCGGCAAGAAGGAAAUGAAGCCCUUCAAGAGAUUCCUUCGGAAAAAAUCGAAGCCCAAGAAAUGCGUGAAGAAGUUCGUGGAGUACUGUGACGUGAAUAACGACAAAUCCAUCUCCGUGCAGGAGCUGAUGGGCUGCCUGGGCGUGGCCAAGGAGGACGGCAAAGCCGACACCAAGAAGCGCCACACCCCCAGAGGUAAUGCUGAAAGUUCGUCUAAUAGACAACCAAGGAAACAAGGAUAAAUGGCUUACACACCGAAGGCAGUUCCUAGACAUGUGGGAAAUUCCCUCACCAAAGAGCAAUUACAGAAACACAUAGUAUUUGCACUUUGUACUUUAAAUGUAAAUUCACUUUGUAGAAAUGAGAUAUUUAAACAGACUGUUUUAAUCUGUGAAAAUGGAGAGCUGGCUUCAGAAAAUUAAUCACAUACAAUGUAUGUAUCGUCUUUUGACCUUGGAAAUCGGUGUGUGGUGGAGAUGUUGUAUUCGAAUGCAUUUUGGCUGGAUUUCUUCUUCGCCCUCCACGUUAGCUGUAGAGCUCUGGGCACUCUGCUUGCAAUCCUAUGGCUUCCCCAACCCCUCCCUGCUGGCGCUUCCAGGCGGCCAUGCUUACAGCAUUGUGGAAUCAAGUUGGAAGCUUCUCGUUUCCAUGGAAGUUUCUGACAUACGGCCGACCCUUCGGGCAGUUAACGUGCAGGGGUUGGUUGGUUUCUUGGGAUUUUCCGUUGGUGUGUCUUGUUUGGCUUUCCAGAGAUCUUGCUCACACAAUGAAUCACGCGACCACUAAAGCUGUCCGUUAAGUACAGGUGGUUCCCCUGGAGGAACUAAUAUUUUCAAACUGUCUUUGGUGUGAUACUUUGGCUCAAAGGAUCUCUGCUUUUCCAUUGUAAGCUUCUGUUUGAUUUUGGCCCUGGGGCUUGAAUUAGUCCUAGAGAGUCCUUUCUGCUGGUGGGAGGCUGCCUAGAAGGGGCCCAUCCUUCCGAAAAGUAAACCCAGUCCCAGUGUGACCGAGCCGGCUAACAGGCUCGUCUGGGGAGUUUUUCUCCUACACAUGGACAUUGUUCUCCUUGUCCUCCUGCCUGGUCCACCCCAGGGCUACCGGAAGGUAAAAUCUUCACCUGAACAAAUGACGAGCAGCUCCUUACUGAAGGCACAGUGGAUACAUGGUACCCAGGGGCGGGUGUCGGCAGCCAGGGAGAGGCGCCUGCAGGCCCCUGCCAUUCCUCUCUGCUUAUCUGAAUGCAUCGCGGUACAAGAACUUGCCAAUGGGACAUUCAUCAGAGUGGCCCUGACAGAGAAGGACAGGUGUGGAAUGCCCACACAGUGACCAACGGACUGGCCUGCGUGCACAGCCGCUGCCCUCAGGCCUGGGCCGGGCCUUCAGUCAGCACGCCCACUGCCUUUAAGGAACCGGUUGGAGAACAGUCAGGAGCAGGUCCUCCGGGUGCGGAUGCCAUCUUGGCUCAGAGGUUUGGUUGGAAAAAAUCUUCAUGGCCGCAAAUCCCCCGAGACGUGUCUUGUAGAAUGAUGUUGGCGGAUGCUGCAGAGACACUGACUGAGGCUUCUGACUUAUUUAAACCGUGCAAGGGAAAAACAAGGCGUUGGAGCCACAGGAAGCUCAAGUACAUGCCUGUGCCGUUAAGAAACAGUGAUGAUCCGCAACUCUUUGGAUAAUCUUUUAUAUUUCUGAUCUUUGAAUUUAAUCAUUUUUCUUACAUUAAAAUAAAAUAUGCUAUUGAAAC